UCCAUCUGUCAAGUUGACAUUGGCAAAUAGCGAAUUUUGUGGUUAGCUAGUGAAUUUUUAUUUUAAAAUUAUUUAGGUAAUUAAUUAUUAAGAAAAUUAAAUAAAAUGUUCUGUUUUUAGUGAAUAGGUAUUUCAUAUUUAGUCUUAGAUUCCUCAAAGCAUAUUUUUCCGUUUGAAAAGGUGCAUGUGAAGUAUGAAGCUGCUAAAACCACUGUGGGUGACGGGCAGGCGGCGCGUCAGCACCUGGUCACCUCUUGCCACUGCCUUCAACACAAGGCCUACUUCCAGACCCAUAUUUGACUCUUUGAGGGAGAGGACGGGUCUUUUCAACAAACCAGAGCUAACAAGCUUUGAAGGUUUCACCACACUCAAAGAGCAGGCAAUAGCAGCCACGGACAGGCUAAUAGAUGAAGCCACGUCCAACCCCACGCGGCCAAUGGUGGACAUAUUUGACGAGCUGUCGGACACCCUGUGCAAAGUUGCGGAUUUGGCGGAGUUUGUGCGGAUCGCCCAUCCGCAACCGCACUUUGCGAGUGCGGCCGAAGAAGCCUGUAUUAGUGUUAGCGGGGUUGUAGAAAAGUUAAACACACACAAAGGCCUAUACGAAGCUUUACGGGACUCGGUCAAACGCGGCACUUGCGGCGAUAGACACCUAGCAGAGCUUUUUCUCUUCGACUUUGAGCAAAGUGGUAUACAGCUGCCUGAUGGACCCCGGCAGAGGGUCGUGGCGCUCAACGACCUCAUCCUGCAGACUGGACAGCAGUUCAUGGCAGGUGCGGCCAAACCCAGGAGGGUGCCACGUUCGGCCAUCCCGCAGAAUGUGAGGCAAUUCUUCAGUUCAGAAGGCGACCACGUAAUGGUAAGCGGGGUGUACGCGGAGUGCGGUGAGGCGGCCGCGCGCGAAACCGCUUACCGCUUGUACCUCGCGCCUGACAACAAGCAAGAAAAGCUACUGUGUGCUACUCUACAAGCGAGGCAUCAACUAGCGGAUUUAUGUGGCUUCCAGUGCUACGCAGACAGAGCAAUAAAGGCGAGCACGAUGGAGACAUCUUCCAACGUGCGUCAGUUCCUGGACAUCCUGUCGGACAACCUGCACGACCGCGCCAACAUUGACUUUGAGGCCAUGGCCGGCAUGAAGCGCAAGGAAACACCUUACCAGAAAUCCCUUAUGUGCUGGGACACCCCCUACUUCACACAUAAAGCAAAGACACAACUUCUCAACGUAGCAUCCUCUGACUUCAACCCGUACUUCUCGCUUGGAGCCUGCAUGGAAGGCCUCAACAUGCUUUGCCAAGAGCUUUAUGGCAUUACUUUACAGUCUGAACAGAUGUUGCCAGGUGAAUCCUGGUCACCGGACGUGUAUAAACUAGCGGUGGUCGCAGAGAAUGAAGGUCUGCUGGGCCACAUCUACUGCGAUCUGUACGAGAGACCCGGCAAGCCGCACCAGGACUGCCACUUCACCAUACAGGGCGGGAAACUGCUGCCCGAUGGCUCCUAUCAGAAUCCGAUUGUAGUGGUGAUGCUAUCACUCAGCGGUGGCCACAGGUCUGGACCAGCGUUACUUGGCCCCGGCGCGGUAGACAACUUGUUCCACGAGGUGGGCCACGCGCUGCACUCCAUGCUGGCGCGCGCCGCCCACCAGCACGUGGCCGGCACCAGGUGCGCCACCGACCUCGCGGAGCUGCCUUCCGUGCUCAUGGAGCACUUCGCCGCUUGUCCCGACGUAGUCCGCCGGUUCGCGCGUCACUUCCAGACGGGCGCUCCGAUGCCGGAAGACAUGCUACAGCGACUCUGUGCCUCCAAACAUCUCUUUGGCGCUAGUGAAAUGCAGUUGCAGGUGUUCUAUUCGGCGCUGGACCAGCAGUACCACGGGCCCAAGGCGGCGCAGUGCGGCGACACCAGCCUCGUGCUGCGCCAGGUGCAGAAGCAGUACUACGGCCUGCCCUACGUCGAUAACACGGCGUGGCAGCACCGCUUCAGCCACCUGAUCGGCUACGGCGCGAAGUAUUACUCGUACCUCAUCUCCCGAGCGCUGGCGUGGGCCGUGUGGCGCAAACACUUCGCGGCCGACCCCUUGAGCAGACACGCGGGCACGGGGCUCCGGCACGGCCUGCUGAGGCACGGGGGCUCCAUACCGCCACAAAUUCUGCUCCGCGAUUACCUGGAAACGGAGAUCACGCCGCACACGCUGGCCAUGGCGCUGACCGAGGAGUUGGACUACCACAAGGACCACCUCGACACUGUGUUCAAAAUCGCCGACAAGUGAACAGAAAUACCAGUCUAGGCACAGUUCACGAUAGUUAGGAAACGUCAAGGCUUCGACGUCACGGGCAGGCGUUAGGGUUUGACAUUAGGUAGGCUAUGCAACGACUCUUUUUCUUUGAUUUCACGACGCGCAUAGCCUAUUUACUCGCACAACUAUUAUAGAUACUUACACUUAAACGUUUCCGUCUGUUGUGCGUUUAAAUAGACUAUUUAAACGCACAACAGACGGAAACGUUUAAGUGCGGAAACCAGCCCAGAGAGAAGAAGCCUAUUUACUCGUACAUUUGAUAUAUCGUCGAUUCAGGAUCAAACCGAGAGUUCCCUCACUCUGGUUUAGGGAAAAUGAAGGAAUUCCUUAAAGUAUUCCUUGUAUUUAAAAAUUGUUCAGAAACUUCCUUCAGUGUGGCUAAAACACUAUCGUAAAAAUUAUAAAUACUAAAAAAGCAAUGUCAUUCUUAAAGUGUUCUAUAUAAUAUUGAUAAGGAGACGUUAGUGUACCAUUCAGGCAAUUUAUGAGAUUAAAUAAUCUUAAGUCUUAGUGCCUUGUCCCCCUUCCCCUACUUUAUUGCUAUAGUAAAAGAUUCUCAAUUACCUAUUUAUUUAUUAUUAUUAUUAUUUAUUAAUUAGUGUAAAUAUAGUGGAUCUGCCAUUAGAUUUAAAUUUUCACAAAUACAUAUCUACUUAUGUUAAAAAUAUUAAAAACAGUUUUCAAGGCGAAAUAAAUGCGAAAGUAUGUUUGUCCUUCAAUCACACCUUAACGUAGCAAUGGAUCUGACUGUUUUUUCGCAUGGAUAUAGUUAGGGACUUGGAGAGAAAUGUAGGCUACUUUUAAUCCCGGGAAAUAAACUCCCACGGGAUUUUAAAAUCUAAAUCCACGCAAAGUCGCGGGCAUCAGCUAGUUAAUAAUAAAUCCUAAGGGCGAAUACACACUAUUCCGAUCGGAACUCAUGAAAAUACGUUUCGAAGUAGUCAUAGAUAUUAUAUAUCUAGGAUGUUCCUCGGAUUUUUAAUUUCGGAGUAAAACGUUUUGGCGGAGUGAGCCUUUACGUACCUGGAAGGUGUUAUUCUGUGGUUACUGCCUGGGACUCCAUUUGACAUAGGCCUCUUGCUAUAAGUAACUAAGAGUGAAUAGGCAUUUUCUAGGUAAACGCGUCCCAUCUUAGGCCACAUCAUCACUUUCCAUCAUGUGUAUUGUGGUCAAGCGUUUGCCUAAAAUGAAUGAAAAAAAAAUAUUAUUCUAUCUUCUACCUUUUGCAUUAAAUUACUGAUGUAAAUACAUAUUACAUAGUUACACAUGUAUGCUAAUUUAUAAGUUAUUUGUGAUGUAAUAGUAUUGUUGUAAUAGAAAAUUGCGGUUAUUUAUUAUGUGACGAAAUAAAACAAUUGUGGAAAAUUA